AUGGAGAAUGUUGUCAUUGCUAAGAAUUCAUCUCCUUUGGAUGACGAUAUCACUUCUGCUCCUCCUUCCUCUCUUCUUCCUCCGCCUCCGCAUAAAAGGGCAGCUGGGGGAUGGAGAUCUGUAAAAUACAUUCUUGGGAACGAGUCAUUCGAGAAAUUGGCUUCGAUGGGUCUCAUAGCCAAUUUAACGGUGUAUCUACAAACAAGAUUCAACAUGGAUGGUAUUCAGUUGGUUAAUGUGUUCAAUAUUUGGUCUGGUUCCACCAAUGUUACGCCCUUGUUUGGUGCUUUCUUAUCUGAUGCAUAUCUGGGAAGGUUCCGAACUCUUCUCUUCGGCUCAAUGUCCUCUUUCCUGGGCAUGGUGAUCCUGGCCCUAACUGCAGGCAUACCAAAGUUAAGACCCCCCGACUGUUAUGGAGAAUCCAAUUGCCAAAAUCCUCAGGAUUGGCAGCUUGCCGUCCUCUAUUUUGGCCUGGGAUUGCUUGCCAUUGGAGCUGGAGGUGUUAGGCCUUGCAACAUUGCCUUCGGAGCUGAUCAGUUCGACACCACAACUGAAAAGGGACGAGCCCAGCUAGAGAGUUUCUUCAACUGGUGGUAUUUCUCUUUCACUAUGGCUCUCGUGGUAGCUCUCACUGCAGUGGUCUACGUUCAGACCAAUGUUAGUUGGGUUAUAGGUUAUGCUAUACCAGCUGUCUGCCUGUUCUGCUCUAUUGUCGUCUUCUUGAUCGGCAAACACACCUAUAUAAUCACAAAGCCCCAAGGAACUGUUUUUAUCGAUAUGGCCAAAGUGAUUGUAGCUGCCUGUAAGAAGCGUGCGGUGAGUCUUGAAUCGUCUUUUGGUCAUUCCUUUUACGAUCCCCCCUUGGUUGAAUCAGACCACCAUGUAGCAAAGCUUACUCGCACAGAUAUGCUUAAGUUCUUCGACAAGGCUGCUCUAAUUGCUGAUCCAAGUGAGUUGGAUGACAACGGCUUGCCCAAGAGUUCUUGGAGGUUAUGUAGUGUUCAACAAGUAGAACAACUGAAACUAAUAGUGGGACUUGUGCCGGUUUGGUUUACAGGAAUCGGUUGCUUCAUUACCAUGGACCAAAUGAAUACUUUUGGCUUGAUGCAAGCAAUUCAGUCGAACAACGAAGUCCACAAGUUUAAAAUCCCACCAGGCUGGAUGGGCCUCAUGUCGAUGAUUUGCCUUUCGGUAUGGAUAUUCAUUUACGAGCAAAUUUACCUGCCUCAAGCAAAGAAAAGGUCAAAAAAGAAUAUUAGAUUGACAAUGAGACAGAGAAUCAACGUUGGUAUUGUAAUGGCAAUCCUAUGCAUGGUGGUGGCUGCAAUUGUUGAGAAGAACCGCCGGGAAGCAGCUUUGAAACGAGGAACCUUAGUGUCACCUCAAAGUAUUCUGCUGCUGUUGCCACAGUUUGCCCUUUCGGGUCUGAACGAAGCAUUUGCUGCUGUUGCUAUCAUGGAAUACUAUAACAACCAUUUGCCGGAAACCAUGAGGACUCUUGCUGGGGCCAUCUUCUUUCUCAGCUUCUCCGCAUCCAGCUACUUCAACACGGCUAUUGUCAAUCUAGUUCACCAUGCGACUUCAAACCAUGGGACAAAACACCCCUGGUUGGGUGGCCGUGACCUCAAUAAAGUUAAGCUCGACAACUUCUACUACCUUAUUGCUGGUUUAGCGUCAUUGAAUCUCCUAUAUUUCAAUCUCUUUUCACACCGCUAUUUGGAAAAGCAUAUUGAUAAAAGAUCUGAAGCAAGGCAUGAGGACAAAGAGUUGGAGAUGAAUGAAACUGCUUAA